GUCAGUCAGUCAGUCAGUCAGUCAGUCAACCAAUCAGUCAGUUGGUUGAUUGAUUAUUGAACCUCAAACUCGAAACUAAAAAUUCGAACGUGCCUUGUUGUGUGUGUGUGACUGUGAGUGUGAGUGUGUGUGCGCGUACACACAUACUUAUCUCUAUCUGUAUCUAACAGCGGCCGGCAGACUACAUCAUCAUCAGCAGCAGCAGCAGCAGUCGCAUCAGUCGCAGCAGCAGCAGCAGCAGAGCAGCAGCCGCAUCGCAUCCAGCAUCCAGCUUCAGUCUCAGUCAGAGUCAGUGUCAGAGCUCACUCUCUCGCACCCGCCGGCUGGAGGAUAUCUUUGCGCUUGGUUCAGUUUCAGUUCGCAUUCGGACGCGUGCUGUUGCGGCCUCGCCGACAGUGUAAACGGAAUCAGUGCGCGCAUACUUAUAGCAACGACUGUGUCGCGUAUUCAACAACAAAUAAUCAACAUAUGUACAUAUAUUUGUAUAUAUAGCUAUACACGUGUCUGAAGUUCAGUGACAAUCCCAAUAGUAUAUAGCGCAGCAUAAAUACUUAUACAGCAUACGGCAUAUACAUAUACACAAAUAUAUGCAUAUACAUAUAGUACUCGUGUAAAAAUUUGAUCAACAAAAAACAAGCGCCGACUAAUAACUGCUUCUAUAUACCACAUACGAUUCUGACCCGUAAAGUUCAAUAAAUAUAAAUAAAUUAUUGUGCGACCGAGUUUUUAGUUGGUGUGUUAGAUCACAGCGAACCCAUCUUUAAAGACACAACGCAAAAAUUAUAUAUACAAUAAAUAUAUAUAUAUACAUAUAUAUACAUUUACAUAUAUAUUACAACAAAAUGAAGCUGUUUGCAGUAUUCUUUGCUUUGACGCUCUAUGCGCUGACGCUGGUGCAGUGCCUCAGCCUGCCCGAUCCCAAUGUGAAGUGUGCCAUGGAGUGUGAUACGCAGGAGAGUAAAUAUAUAUGCGCUGCGGAUGACAAAGGCACCACCAAAACGUAUCGCAAUGUUUGCAUUAUGAAAACGGAGAAUUGCCUGCAGAAUGCAAACUUUCAAAAGAUCAGCGACAAGGAGUGUCCAUAGAUGCUAGAUCCAACUCCAGUUUUGACAGUGCGCAGAGAUUUAGAAAGAUGAAAAAACUUCAACUUGAAAAAUGACGAUUUUUGGGCCCAGUUGCCGCUUAAGUUGUUUGGCUUCUUUUCUUGCGUGGUAUUUGUGUGUGAUAUUUUUAAGUUGUGCUGCAGCAGAAGAAUAAAAACCCCGAACCUUCCCAAUCACAGCCCCAAAUCCCCCAACACCCUCCAGCCUACUGCCCCCACCAGCCUUCACAAAUAUGUAAUACAUAAUGAUAAUAUAUUUUGUAAUUAUUAAUUUUAAAAUAUUUAAUAAAGUAAUAUACAUACAGUAAA